UCAGGUCCAGGGAGCAGUCGUAGUGGUGGCUUAUCGCAGAGGUUGCUGCUGCUGCCGCAUUUUAGCCCCGUGCUUUGUUUCAGGGUUUCGUUUGUGACGUGAGGCGACCUUGCCGUUCACUCUUCGCAUUAGGGAUUCUACUGCUUGCCACCGAUCUCAUGGUGUGGUGAUAUGACUCUCAUUCCUCGUUUUCGUCUUCUUUUUGAGUUGAUGGCUGCUUGUGAUGUUCUACAGUUUCAGUGCAAUUGGAAAAAAAAAAAUCACAGAAACUGUGGUGAGAAGCAGAGAUUAGGGCGAGAUUCAUGUGUAUUAGCCGCAUCUCACCUUUUUUCUGUCUUUUUUUUGUUUUUUUUUGUUUGUUUGUUUGUUUGUUUGUUUUUUUUCUUUUUUUUUCUUAAUUUUAUGCAGAUAACAGAACAUGAUCUUGUUUGAUUUCUCCCCGCAAGGAAGUGUGUAUUAGAGAGUGACAGUUUGUUUAUAGGUGACGAUUAAUUGGUCUUGAUUCGAGUGUGAGGAAGAUGUUCAUGGCUUCUUAGAAAUUCACUGGAGUUUUUCAUGCAUCGACCGUAGAUAUUGGUGGAAGGCAUGGUACUUGUACUGAAGUAACUUGUCAAUUUGUUGAACCGCAAGUUAUUUUUCAUUGUUAUCUCUCUCCAGGUUUUAAAGAUUGGUUGGAGAAUUUAAAGGCCUUGCGUGAUUCAGGUGCAGAAUGUGUUCAAUGUAUUCACUAUGAUUAUGGUGCAGCUGCAGGCGUUGCAGGUUGCGCAACAUCCGUUUUGCUUAGGAAAACUAUAGCCAGCGUAUCUUCUCGCCUGAUGCGCGAGGUCAACCUCAGUGUUUCUUGAGAUUCCACGUAUUCUGUGAAUUUUGAUGUUCUUGAAUUCGCUUUAGGUUAAAUUGCUGACAUGUACUCCAGAUUUACAUUGAUGUUAACUGAUUGCAAAAAUUCCCCUUCGCUUUUUAAAAACUGAAGCUGAGCUCGACCUGGAUAUGUGCUGUUGCGACGAAGGUAUCGAAGAUGGUAGAUCCACUGAUUGAAUGAGAUUCAGUGCAACAUCAGAUUGCUAGUAGUGAAUCACUGUCUUCUACAAUUGUCUUUUGCUUGUGAUUCAUUUUUUUGUAGGAUUUUAUUUGUUUCAGUGGUUUAGAUUUGUAAUUAAGAAUUUGCAUACAAAUGUUUUUUGGAAACCGAGCAAUAGGUUACGUAUGCCAUUUUGGAAAUCACCCUAACUCAAAUAGGAAUUUUGAAGUUAAGCGUCAGGAGAAGAAUAAGUGGGGUACAUUGUUUUUGAAUCUCCUAUUGUUUACCUAUCUAAUUCGCUGCAAUAAUGUUCCCUUCAUAUUUAAUUGAAAGAUCAGAGAUACCGGUAAAGCACAUUGCACAUGCCACAUUUCAGCCGGGAGCUAAGUUAAAGCAGGCUGGGGAGGUUCUGGUAGAAAUUGUUGCAUUUAGAAUUAUGGAAACCGUAUGCAAGAGUUAUGCACAUUGUUUUGGUCAAUGUGCUAACACGGGUGGAAGCUAGAAGCGAAUUCCAUUGCUGUAAGAGCUUUGUGUAAAGUGGAACAAUAAGUUCAACGAAAUAUUUUCUGGUGUGGAUGCCUGAAGCUGACACUAAUUGACAUCUGUAAGUUACACAGGUCGAAUGUCCCCCUUUUCGUCGGCAUAGGUAUUUAAGAAUUGAAGGGAUAGAAGAAAUGUAGUGCUCCACAUAGAGCUAUGAUUUUUCAAUGUCGUUCCGUAAUACCCCUAAUUAUGAAAGCCCUGACGAUGGAUCUCGACGGCGCGAGCUUUUAUUGUUUGAAGAGGAAGAUUUUUCUCCCACUUCGUAUGUGCUUGACAGACUCCGCCCAACGGAGAAGGAGAAAGAGACUCCAUGGAAAGCUGUUGUCUACCGAAACUUCUGUGCCUGUGUAGGGGAACGCAAGGUCAACUGCAGCGCAGCUAACACAAAAAAUGACCUCAAAGUCAUGAUUGCGGAGCUGAAAAAGUUGCAACGUAAAUCCGCGAAAGAAAUGAUAAAAUCCAUGUUAUCUCAUUAUGAUGUCUUCAUUCAGGCGUCCCGGGAGGUGACUGGUUUAGAAGUGGAUAUACUUAAAUUACGGACUCUACUACGUUCCAGAGCAGAUGUCGUCCUAAGUUUAGCAACCAUGGAAUGGCCAGUCCUAGAUUCUAAGCAUUCAGAUAUCAGCUCUGACAUCCACAUGGGAGAGGGUUCAAUCACUUCAAAGUUUGACGAUAAGGCAAAAACAUUUCCUGACGCCUUUGACGUCUUAUUGGAGGAACGAAGGAUUGAUUUAGCGCUAUCAGCCUUGGAGGAAGGUGAAGAUAUGAUAGACAAGGGCUAUGAUUCUACCAAUGUGGAGGACAACUUAAAUCCUGUGAAAUCAAUAUCUGCAGCGGUUUUGCAUGUUGCAUUAUCAGAGAGGAGGAUAAGGCUUGUGAACUAUUUGAGCGACGUGUGCCGACAGGUAUCUGUCCGGGGUGUGGAGCUGCGCUCUGCUAUAUCUGCUCUAAUAAGACUAGGCGAAGGAAAUCGUGCGCACACUCUGCUGCUCCUCGCUCAUCGCGGACGCCUUGAGCACAAAAUUCAUGGUCUUCGUCCAAGCGGAACAUCCUAUGGGGGCGCCUUUACUGCUGCUCUGUCUCAAAUGACAUUCUCUGCAAUAUCCCAGGCUGAAAGAGAUUCAUUGACAGUGUUUGGAGCAAUUCCAGCUUACGCUUCAGAGCUGGUGGUGUGGGCUCGAGGCGUAACAGAGAUCUAUGCCCACCAAAUCAAGCAACAUGUGCUGUCGUCGGCUGCUGCAGCAGGAGGACUUCGAGCAGCGGCUGAAUGCGUUCAGAUUGCGUUUGGUCACUGUUCGUUACUGGAAGCUCAAGGAUUGUCAAUCUGUCCCUUGCUGGCUAAGGUCUUUAGGUCGAGUAUCGAGCAGGCUUUGGAGGCAAAUUUGAAGAGAAUAGAAGAGAGCGUGACUGCUAUGGUAUCAGCUGAUGAUUGGAUGCUCACGUUCCACCCGCAAACACCACUAUUUGAUUCACAACUAGGUCGGACCCGAUCCGUCAAACGAAACUUGAACCGAGAAAGUGUAAAGUUAUCUUGCAGCGCUCAUCGAUUCAACUGCAUGGCCCAGGACUUCAUGGCAGGCGUUUCUCCACUUGUGAGCAUGCAAUUAGCUGGAGUAGCAUUAGAAGGUCUCGCUGUACGAUUCAACAACUAUGUCGACAUGCUCAUUAAAGCAGUACCUGAUUUCUCAGAGGUCAAAAGGGAACAAACUGCGCGCACCGUGGUUGAGCAACUCGGUCUCUUAAGUAAUGCUACAGCACUCGCUAAUGAGCUGUUGCCUCGCUCAGCCUUAAAGCUACUACCAGGUAUUGAAAAAUCAUGCGAGGGGAUCCUUGAGAAAGCUCAGGUCAAAGAGGCAGAUAUAGAGUCAACAUUCAUCCCAGAAUUGAAAGACUGGCGACAAAAUUUACGGAAGGCGGUCAAAAGAUUGCAAUUUCAUAUUUGUAAAUACCACGUCAAACUCCUGCUAUAUUCUGCAGAUAGAAAUGAACUUCAGAUCAAUCCUGCAACAUACCUCAUUCUUGACGUGGAAGAAACGAAAACGUCAUUACAACCAGACUGCAUGCCCUCGUUGGUUUUUCAGUUAUUAUUUGCUAGGUUGAAUUCUAUUAGCGAAGCUGCUGAAGUGGCAUUUAUCGACAGAGGAGUAGUUACCCCGUUACUCGCACGUCUCUUGGAGGUCUUCGUUAUUUACAUGGACGAGGAUAAGUUUUGGAGCACAAUUGAAGACUGUCCCAGUAGGAUUGGUCCCACUGGCCUAAAGCAAUUUGUUUUGAACAUGCAAUUUAUAAUCCAAAUGGCAUCAAGCAGCGGUUGGGGAUCUCGCUCAUUGCAUUCUCUGUUGACUGGCCUAACUUCUCGGGCUGUUCACGCUUUUGCUGCAACGGGAGCCGAUCCAGAAAGUGUGUUGCCAAGUGAUGAUUGGUUCUUGGAGGCUGCUCACACAGCCAUUCAAAAGCUGACAGAAGUUUGGAAUCAGAUGUCUGUUCCUGCUGAGCCAGUUGCAGAGCUUUUGAAGGAAUGAGACAGUUUCCUCGGUUCCCAAGUCGUAAAGGUGCUUCCAGUGGGAAGCGUUCAGACAUGGUAGAGCAGGAAUGGUUUUAUUGGCCUUCGUUCCCGACUUGCUGUUUCUGAUACCGUGGACGAUGCUCAUGUUCAAUUCACAUGACAUAUUUUUUAAACUUCUCGUCAGACGUGCAUGAGGCUCACGGUUGAAGGA